AAUGAUAGUGCACACCUUGGGAAUGUGGUGAAUGGAUCUAAUAAUGAGAGUGCACGGAUUGGGAAUGUGGUGCAUGGAUCCCAUGAGGAGACACCAUCGAUUGGGAAUGUGAUGAAUGAGUGCAAUGACAGUUCACAGAUUGGGAGUGUGGUGCAUGGAUCCAAUGAUGAGAGUGCACAGAUUGGGAAUGUGGUGCAUGAACCAAAUGAUAGUUCACAGAUUGGGAAUGUGAUGAAUGGAUCCAAUGAUGAGAGUCCAUGGAUUGGGAAUGUGGUGCAUGAACCAAAUGAUAGUUCACAGAUUGGGAAUGUGAUGAAUGGAUCCCAUGAAGAGACACAAUGGAUUGGGAAUGUGAUAAAUGGAUCCAAUGAUAGUUCACAGAUUGGGAAUGUGGUGAAUGGAUCCAAUAGUGAGAGUACAUGGAUUGGGAAUAUGGUUAAUGGAUCCAAUGAUAGUGCACAGCUUGGGAACGUGGUGAAUGGAUCUAAUAAUGAGAGUGCAUGGAUUGGGAAUGCGGUGCAUGGAUCCCAUGAGGAGACACCGUCGAUUGGGAAUGUGGUGAAUGGAUCUAAUAAUGAGAGUGCACAGAUUGAGAAAGUGGCGAAUGGACCCCAUGAAGAGACUCCAUGGAUUGGGAAUGUAAUGAAUGAGUGCAAUGAUAGUUCACAGAUUGGGAGUGUGGUGCAUGGAUCAAAUGACAGAUCAAAUAUUAGGAAUGUAGUGCAUGAAUCCAAUGAUAGUUCACAGAUUGGGAAUAUGGUGAAUGGAACCAGAGUUGAGACGUUAUCGAUUGCGAAUGAUGUGAAUGGAGAUGUUUCAGGCAUUUUAAGUACUGGCCAUUUGAAUGUAUCCAACAACACUGAUCCUGGUGGAAUUACUCGAGAUGGAUCUGUGUAUGGGAAUGAGCUAAACGGAACUGAUGAACCUUUACUUUGGUUUGGGAAUGAAUCGCAAGGAUCCAACAACGAAAUACCAGGGAAUGCAUCCAAACAAAGUACAACCGAUGGUGAUGAUUCCUGGAAUACAAAUCAGUUGAAUGCUACUGAUGGGAACAUGGAGAGCCUUGUUAAUGGUGAAGAGAUUGCCAGGAAUGGAAGUGAGCUCAAUGGCACCGGUGAGGCAGUAGCAUUGAUUGGAACCAGAAGCCAAUCGACCUUGGUUGGAAGUGAUGGGAAUGUAACGACUAUAGAUCGAUCCGUAGUUGCGAACAAGCCCAGUGGAACUGGACAGAAUCAAGUAAUGAAUGAAGUAUAUCCAAAUAGAUCAAAUGAAAGCUUAUCCCAGUACAAGAAUGAACUAGAGGGAACCAAUGAUAAAAUAGCCCAGACUGGGAAAGUUAUCAAUAGUGGUGAAAUAUCUGGCAAUGUCUCAGUGCAAAACCUGACCACUGGGGAGACAUCCUGGAUUUGGAAUGAGUUGGAUGGAACCAGUGAAGAAACAGCCAGUAAUGUAAUGAAACAAAAUAGAUCCUGUGGUGAUAUGUUUUGCAACAAGGAUCAGAUGAAUGGGACUUCUGAAGAGAUGCCCAGGAAUGGGAGUGAGUCUAAUGGACCUUUUGUCAGGAGUCCAUUGAAUGAAAUCAAUGAAGAUAUAAACUGGAAUGAAAAGAAACAUAAUGGUAAAAUAUCCAGGAACUUAUCAGACCAAUAUGCUUCAGAUUGGGUGAUAUACACCACUGAGAAUGAACUGGGUGAGAUGAAUGGAAAUUCAUCAUUGAUUGAGAAUCAGUCGGUUGGAGUCAGUGGAGAACUAUCCAGGGAUGAUAAUGAACUCAAUGUGCCCAGUGAAGAGGGAAACAGAACUGAGCGAAAUCAAACAUGCGCAGAGAUAUCAGGUACUGGUAACAAUGACACAAGAAUGGGGAAGAAAGCAACUAAUUACGCACUAUCUAGAAAAGCAUCCAAACAAAAAGUAAACAGUGGAAAAUCAUCGGCAAUCAAGAAUAGUCCGAGCAAAGCCAAUGGAGGGGUGUCAAAAGCCGGGAGUAAAACGAUUGGAGCCAAACAUGCACAGUCAGUGAGUCAGCAGAAAAUGAAUGGGAAAGGUGAUGAGAAGCCAAAUAGUGGGAAAAUGCAGAGUGAAACUCAAGGAGAAAUACCGUGGAACAAGAUGGAAUUGAAUGGGACCCAGGAAGAGAUGGAAGAAAUUGGGAAUAAGCAAAAUAUUACCAAUGAUACGGCGUCUUCAAUUGAGAAUGAGGUGAACAUAACCGAUAAAAAUACUUCCAAGAAUGGAAAUAAUCAAAAUGAUUCCUUGAGUGUGAAUGAACUGAACAGAAUGGGUGGAGAGCUGAAAGGAGUUGGUGACAAGAUAUACAUCAACACAUCUAAACCGAAUAUAACUCAUGGGGAUGCUUUCUGGAAUGGAAAUCAGUUGAAUGGAACCACUGAAGGUACAGCCACAGGUGGGAGCAAAGUGAAUGGAGCCAGUGGGGAGGUAGCCAAGAAUGGGAAUGAGCUGACUCCAACAAGCGGAGAUAAAUCAUCCACUGUAGCCAACAGUGACAUUUCCAGAAACGUUUCUAAUGUUAAGGCAGUGAUCAGAGAGGCAUCGAGCUUCAGGAAUAAUCAUGUGAGCAUUAGACAAAUAACCUGGAAUGGGACUGAGCCGAGUGGAACUGAGGAAGAAACUUCACGGAAUGAGCAUGAACGGGAUAGAAAAGGCGAGGCAUCCAGUAUCAGGUUCAUGAAAAAUGAGGACAUUUCAAUCAGAUCCUGGAAUGAGAGUAAACUGUCUGGAACCAGCGAUGACGUCUCCUUGAUAGAGAGGCAGAUGAAUGGAGCUGCUUAUAUAAUGCCCAGGACUGAGAAACGAUCGAAAAUAACCAGUUACAAAAUUACUCGAAAUACGUCUAAACAAAAGGCAGCAAUUGGAGAAGUCUCCAGGACUGGGAAAGAAAGUAAAACCAAUGACAAGAUAUUUAUGUCGUAUGAAACCAAUGGCUUAUUGUCCAAGAAUAUGAAUGAAGUGGCUGGAAGUGUAUCAAAAACUGGGAUUAAGGUGAAUGAAACUGGCCAAGAGACGGCCAGGAAUGCAUUCAAACGGAACAUCACCAGGGGAAACAUCUCCGGGAUUGGGAAUGACUUAAAUGCAAGCACUGAAAAUGUGUCCACAAAGAAGAGUGUGCAAUACAUGAACUAUGGAGAGGCUUCUAAGAAUGAAAAGGAACUGAAAGGGACGGAUGGAACCAAAUCCUGGAUUGGGAAUGAUUUACUGGGGGACAAUGAAGGGCCAUCUCGCUUCGGCCCCAAGCUGAGCGGAACACAGGGAGGGAUCUCCUGGAGUCGGAGUGAGAAAGUUCAGCCUGAAGAGUCAUCUAGGAGCGGGGAGAAUGAGACUGGAAUUAAUGGCGAGGAAUCCAGGAAUGAGACUGAAUGGACCGUGACCACUGAAGAGAUCAGCCGAAACGGAACUGAGCCCACUACCGCAAGUGCCUGGAAUUCACAUCUGGUCCCAAUUCUCCUGGUCUCUUUCCUGGGAACGCUCUUCUUCCUCCUGGCUAUUCUCCUUGUCGUUCUGCUCUAUGUCAAAGGGUUGGCGUGCUUCAGCAGAGAGGCAACACAUCACAGUGCAGCAGAUCUCAUGCAACAGGAUCCACGAUAGAUGUUCGACAAGGCACGUUGAUUCCAGGCGAUGCUCGGCCCUCACCAUGUCCCAUCGUGUGUCUAGAUUAUUCUGUACCGGGAGACCCCUCUCUCUGGGGGUUGCUACGGUAAAAAUGGACUCCUGCUACCUUCACCAUCACUUCUGCAGUCUGACAUCGGAGGUGAUGCAAUGAAUAAUUUCACUGGCAUUAAUGGGUAUAAUGUCUCACCAGAGCAGAACAUUCAGGUAUUAAACAGGUCAAAUUCCCAGUGUAGUUUAUUUGCAGUUUGUUACCUGCUCUCUCUAUAAUUCAUAAAAAGCUUUAUGAUUGGAUUAAAAAAAUAGAACUAUCUCAAAAUUUGGCAGAUGCCAAGAUCAAUGUAUGGCAGGGUUAUAAAAUGGGAGUUUAUAGAUGACCAGUUUUUUGUAAAUAUCUGAAGAAAGAACAUGAAGACAACCCCAGGUACCACAUACACAUGCGGACAUGAGUCAACUCUUUACCUGCAGUUACUCAAGUUAACAAGAACUGUGGCGAUAAUCUACUUGCAAUCUACAUCUUCCCUCUCCUUAACAAUUUGGCUUACUGAAGAACGCCCGGUAAAGGAACUUUGAUCUUUUAUGGAUCUAUUAUGAUUUUAUAAUAUUUUAUGAAUUCUGAACAGACGGCUGCAGAGGUAUAUAGACGGGGACAAACAUCGAGGCCGAAGAAGAGUUCGGAACCGAAACUUCACCUAUUCACAUUCUCCAGGGUUACACCAGCACCUUGUAUUUUUCCUUGGUAAACCAGCAUAUGCAGUUCCUUGCUUUCACAAACACACACACACCGGUAUUCCAGGCACAAGUGCAGUUUUCUUCCUCAUGCACACACAUGUGCACACGCGCAUAUGCGCGCAGUAGAAACACACACACUCUCAUACCAAUAUACAAAUGCAUUGGCCGCACCGACCAGCGAUCCCCGCACAUUAACACUAUCCUACACACCAUAGGGACAAUUUACACGUGGUGGAAUGAAUUACAAUCAGUAUAAGAGGUAUUUAGAUGAGCAUUUACUGAGUAUAGAAGUUGGGAUGUAAUGUUAAAAUUGUACAAGGCAUUGGUGAGGCCAAUUCUGGAGUAUGGUGUACAAUUUUGGUCGCCUAAUUAUAGGAAGGAUGUCAACAAAAUAGAGAGAGUACAGAGGAGA